GCGUGGUGUUGGGGCUUCCUGGAUGGAAGGAUGUGAAGGUCUGGGGAGGGAGGGUAAGGUGGGUCUUGAGGACAGAGCAUGGGAAAGACUGGGUCCUGGGACUAGUUAUGGAGGGGAAGUCGCGUAGGAUGCCGGGGUGAUGAGUGUCCCGCGCUGAGGGGUAUCAGAGAUGGUCAGUUCUUUGAGGGUGGGAAGAAGAGGGAGGUGGGACCCGCUGGAGAGACCGGAAGGGAGAAGAGAGUAAAAGAUUGUGAGAGGGUGUGGAAACGUGCGUAGGAAAACGGGGCUGGGGAAAUUGCAGUCUGGGAAACUAGAGGUAGGGUGGCAGGAGAUGCCACAGCUUGCAGGGCACAGUUGAGGAGAGCAGAUUGAUAGCUAGAAGAGUGGAUUUUGAAUAUUCCUAAGACAAAAAAAUAGGUCGGGCACAGUGGCUCAUGCCUGUAAUCCCAGCACUUUGGGAGGCCGAGGCAGGUGGAUCACGAGGUCACGAGAUCAAGACCAGCCUGACCAACGUGGUGAAACCCCGUCUCUACUAAAAACAGAAAAAUUAGCAGGGCGUGGUGGCACGCGCCUGUAAUCCCAGCUACUCAGGAGGCUGAGGCAGGAGAAUUGCUUGAACCUGGGAAGCGGAGGUCGCAGUGAGCCGAGAUCGUGCCACUUCACUCCAGCCUGGUGAAGGAGCGAGACUCCGUCUCAAAAAAUAAAUAAAUAAAUAAAUAAAUGAGCUGAUCAUCGUGUGUUGCCACCCAUUCAUGUCAAGAUGACUAAAUUUGGAUUUUUGCGAUUGUCCUAUGAGAAGCAGGACACACUUCUGAAGCUUCUCAUUCUGUCAAUGGCUGCUGUAUUAUCCUUCUCCACUCGUCUCUUUGCUGUCCUGAGAUUUGAAAGUGUUAUCCAUGAGUUUGAUCCGUACUUUAAUUAUCGGACUACCAGGUUCCUGGCUGAGGAGGGGUUUUAUAAAUUCCAUAACUGGUUUGAUGACCGAGCCUGGUACCCUUUGGGACGAAUCAUUGGGGGAACAAUUUACCCAGGUUUAAUGAUCACCUCUGCUGCAAUCUACCAUGUACUCCAUUUUUUCCACAUCACCAUCGACAUUCGGAAUGUCUGUGUGUUCCUGGCCCCUCUCUUCUCCUCCUUCACCACCAUCGUCACGUACCACCUUACCAAAGAGCUCAAGGAUGCAGGGGCUGGGCUUCUUGCUGCUGCCAUGAUUGCUGUAGUUCCUGGAUAUAUCUCCCGAUCUGUGGCUGGCUCCUAUGAUAAUGAAGGGAUUGCCAUCUUUUGCAUGCUACUCACCUACUACAUGUGGAUCAAGGCAGUAAAGACUGGUUCCAUCUGUUGGGCAGCUAAGUGUGCCCUUGCUUAUUUCUACAUGGUCUCGUCAUGGGGAGGUUAUGUGUUCCUGAUCAACUUGAUUCCUCUCCACGUCCUGGUGCUGAUGCUCACAGGCCGUUUCUCCCACCGGAUCUACGUGGCCUACUGUACUGUUUACUGCCUGGGCACUAUACUUUCUAUGCAGAUCUCCUUUGUGGGUUUCCAGCCUGUCCUUUCAUCAGAGCACAUGGCAGCCUUUGGGGUCUUUGGUCUCUGCCAGAUCCAUGCCUUUGUGGAUUACCUGCGCAGCAAGUUGAAUCCACAACAAUUUGAAGUUCUUUUCCGGAGCGUCAUCUCUCUGGUAGGCUUUGUCCUUCUCACCGUGGGAGCUCUCCUCAUGCUGACAGGAAAAAUAUCUCCCUGGACGGGGCGUUUCUACUCACUGCUGGAUCCUUCUUAUGCUAAGAACAACAUCCCCAUCAUUGCUUCUGUGUCUGAGCAUCAGCCCACAACCUGGUCCUCAUACUAUUUUGACCUGCAGCUCCUCGUCUUCAUGUUUCCAGUUGGCCUCUAUUACUGCUUUAGCAACCUGUCUGAUGCCCGGAUUUUUAUCAUCAUGUAUGGUGUGACCAGCAUGUACUUUUCAGCUGUAAUGGUGCGUCUAAUGCUAGUGUUGGCACCUGUUAUGUGCAUUCUCUCUGGCAUUGGAGUCUCCCAGGUGCUGUCCACAUACAUGAAGAAUCUGGACAUAAGUCGUCCAGACAAGAAGAGCAAGAAGCAACAGGAUUCUACCUACCCUAUUAAGAAUGAAGUGGCAAGUGGGAUGAUACUGGUCAUGGCUUUCUUUCUCAUCACCUACACCUUUCAUUCAACCUGGGUGACCAGCGAGGCCUACUCUUCUCCGUCCAUUGUACUAUCUGCCCGUGGUGGGGAUGGCAGUAGGAUCAUAUUUGAUGACUUCCGAGAAGCAUAUUAUUGGCUUCGUCACAAUACUCCAGAGGAUGCGAAGGUCAUGUCCUGGUGGGAUUAUGGCUAUCAGAUUACAGCUAUGGCAAAUCGAACAAUUUUAGUGGACAAUAACACAUGGAAUAAUACCCAUAUUUCUCGAGUAGGGCAGGCAAUGGCGUCCACAGAGGAAAAAGCCUAUGAGAUCAUGAGGGAGCUUGAUGUCAGCUAUGUGCUGGUCAUUUUUGGAGGCCUCACUGGGUAUUCCUCUGAUGAUAUCAACAAGUUUCUUUGGAUGGUCCGGAUUGGAGGGAGCACAGAUACAGGCAAACAUAUCAAGGAGAAUGACUAUUAUACUCCAACUGGGGAGUUCCGUGUGGACCGUGAAGGUUCUCCAGUGCUGCUCAACUGCCUCAUGUACAAGAUGUGUUACUAUCGCUUUGGACAGGUUUACACAGAAGCCAAGCGUCCUCCAGGCUUUGACCGUGUCCGAAAUGCCGAGAUUGGGAAUAAAGACUUUGAGCUUGAUGUCCUGGAGGAAGCGUAUACCACAGAACAUUGGCUGGUCAGGAUAUACAAGGUAAAGGACCUGGAUAAUCGAGGCUUGUCAAGGACAUAAAUGUCACGUCCGGCUCUGAUAUGCUUCGCACUGAGCACAUCACAUUUAGGACGUUGAAGACUUUUUUUUUUUUUUUUUUUAUGCAGUUUGUAAGAACAAAACUGGAUGGCAUCAGAAUUGUCUGGAAGUUUUGUCCUGGGCAGUAUGGGCUGGGCCAAAUGAAAUGAUUUUUAUAAUUCUAAACAGGUUACCAAAUGAAAUGUCAUGGCUUUACUUUGGUCGAUUAAAGGGGGGAAUUUUUUUAAAAAAUGUGCCUUACUUGUUUUGACUUAUAACUGAUUUGAGGAAGGCAAAAGCUAUGUUAGGCUGCCAGAAGGACAUAAGCAGACCUUGUCAAUUCUCUUAGCUCCCUAAAUUAGCCAAAUAGAGACUUCUUUCUCAAAUCAGGAAAACUAUCAAAGACCAAUUCAGAUCCUACAUUUACAGACAGUUUUGUCAUACUCUUUGCAUUGCAGCACCUAGUACAAUUCCUUGCAAACAGCGUGGCUCAAUAAAUUUUUAUUGAAUGAAUAAA